CUGCUGCUGCUGCUGCUGCUGCUGCUGCUGCUGCCUCCUCCAGCGCCGGCACGCCCCGCCUACGCGCGAGGGCCUCCGACAUCUGUCCCUGCUCCACGCUGGCGGCGGCGGCGACGCCGGGAGACGGCCUGCCUCCUCGCGCCCCUGGCGCGGGCCGGCGCGGCCGGCGCCGGGCCGCUGGCGAAGCUGCAGUCGCUGCGGCUCUCGCUGGCCGAGCCGCGGGUGCCCCUGGAGCACUUGGCGCGCCUCGCGAGCUGCCGCGGCAGGCUGCAGAGCCUGCGGAGCGUCACCUUCUUCGGGGCGCCGACCCCCGCGAAGGACCCCGGUUGCUGGGGGCCCUGCUCAGGCCCACGCGGCCGCUGGCCCAGCUGGACUUGCGGGGCACGUUGGCAGGCCCAGCGGCGCUCGCCGCCCUCGCGGAGCGCCUCGGGUCUGGGGCGGCGCCGAAGCUGCGCGAGGUGCAGCUGCACGGCACGCCCGCCUCGGACGCCGAGCACGCCUCUGCGCGCGGCAGGCUAGAGGAGCUGCUGAGCGCCCAGGCCGUCGCGGGGCGCUGAGCAGCGGGUGCUUCCCGCGGGCGCCGCGGCGUCCAGGGGAGGACGAGGCGGAGGAGGGGGCGGGGGUUGUCGGUUGGAGAUUUCUCGAGGCUGAUCGGUUCGCGCAGCGGCAGGAGCCCCAGGACAGGCCAUCGAGGGGGGAGCCUGCCGUGCCCAGAUCGAUGGGCACGGGCUCUGAGAGCGCCUGCCGCGCCGACGCAGCUCCUCCCGCCUUACAGUCCACUCGUGCUGACGUGGAUACUUCCUAUCUGAGCAGGACUGUACGACGGUUGAAGGAACCAUUUUACAGCAGUCGCGGGCACCCGCUUAGAUGUGUUCGUACUGCUGUUAUCCCUCCCAUCCCCCUCCC